AAGCAAGACGGUGACCAGAAUUUCGAUUAGCUUCCAUCCCUUUCCAGUGUUACAUAAUCCAUCUUCACUUGAUGUACGCGUCUUCUGCUCUUUGCUCUCUACCACCAUGUCCCGACCACUCACCUACUUCGAUAUCAGCAUCGGUGGUGUCCCUGCUGGGCGAAUCGUGUUCGAGCUGUACGCCGACUUGGUGCCCAAGACUGCAGAGAACUUUCGUGUUCUGUGCAGGGGAGACACCACAAGCGAGGAUGGCGUCCCGCUCAAGUAUGCAGGAUCGGGGUUCCACCGGGUGAUCAAGGGUUUCAUGUGUCAAGGUGGUGACUUUACUGCCCACAAUGGCACCGGAGGACUCUCGAUCUACGGCGCCAAGUUCCCUGAUGAAGCCUUCCCCGUGAAGCACAGUAAACCGUUCUUGCUUUCGAUGGCCAACUCGGGACCAAACACAAAUGGGUCGCAGUUUUUUAUCACCGUUGCACCCACACCACAUCUUGAUGACAAACACGUCGUUUUCGGGGAAGUGAGGCGGGGGAAGGGUAUUGUGAGAACAAUAGAGAAUAACAAGACGGGACCUCAGGAUAAGCCUCUGAAGGAGGUGUUGAUUGUAAACGCGGGGGAGAUCACGGAAGCAGAGCUGGCUGAUGAUGUCGUAGAAGUGGAGGACUACCCCGAGGACGACGAGCGAGCUGAACAGAUCCAGACUGACCCGGCUUUAGCACUGGAAAUCGCAGUUAAGAUCAAGGACACGGGUGCGUCGCUGUGGAAGGAGGGGAAACGCGCCGACGCACUCCAGUCUUGGCUUAAGGCUCUCCGGUACCUUGAUGUUCAUCCUGUGCUACCAGAUGAUUCCCCACAGACUCUCAAAGAUACCUUUAAAUCGACGCGUACUGCCCUCCUACUCAACGCCACCCUGGCUGGUGCUAAAGCCGACCCGGCAACCGGAGUUGAGGUCGCGACGCGUGUCUUGGGUGUCGAUGGUUUGUCUGACGCCGACAGAGCCAAAGCUCUAUACAGACGCGCACUUUCGUACAUCGCCCUAAAAGAUGAUGAUGCCGCAGAGGCAGAUCUCCUUGCUGCAGGUGAUGAUGGCGCUGUCAUUCAGGAGCUUACCCGUCUUCGAGCGCGGAAGAAAGAGAAGAGGGAUAAAGAGAAGAAGGCUAUGCGAAAAAUGUUUGCGUAGGGACGGAGGUUUGAAAACAUAAAUGUAGAUUUAUCACAACGCCACAGAAAAAUUUAAACUGUAGAAUUUUUAUGGUGGCUGCAAGGAUUUUGUCUCGAUGGUACCUCCGCUUAUACAGCUUCGGUAUAUGUGCGGGGUUGUGUGGGAUAUACAUACUUUCGUUGCACUUGCUUGGUGAAUUCGGGCCGGCUGCGUCGGGAUCCGCGUGACAAUCACUCUG